GUCAUGAAGAACAUGACCUGAUUUGAAAUUUUACGGUAAAAUUUAGAAAUAGGCUACCACAGUUUUCAGCAAAAUGAAUCAGACAAAUAGGAAGAAAGAAGAUGCUGAUAAACUUCUACAGUCUGUGCGAGAGAAGGCGAAGAAUCCACGUGAGGUCCAACUGAAGGGUUUUCACAUCGCCAGUCUGUACGCCCAGGCGAGGGAGUUCGACAGAGCUCUUCAUCAUGUCCAGGAUUACCUCGCUGUCAAGCCCAGUGAUGUCAGGGCCCACCGCCUCCUGGGAGAGAUCCACGAGGCCCUGCAGGAUGCCGAGAAGGCCAUUCAGAGCUACCGGCGGGCACUGGAGCUCAAUGAGAGCCAGAAAGAUCUGGUCCUAAGAGUGGCCGAUUUGUACUGCCGAGUGGAUUGCGACAUGGAGAGACACCGAUACUGGGCAGAGCGGGCAGAGAAGUUCUUCCCAGGA